AUGACCACCGAUGAGCUGAUGGGCACACUUGAGAUUCAUGAACAGAGGAUCAACAAGAAGACUCCCUCAAGUUCUCUACAGCAAGCUCUUCAAUCAAAGCUGUCUUUCAGAGAUGACGGAAACGAGCAAGGAGGGACAUCACAAAGAAGCCGAGGAAGAGAUUGUGGUUAUAAUAACCGAAGUUCUGAUUCGGGAGCCAGUAAUCAUAUGUGUGGUAAAAGAGAGUUGUUCGUCGAGCUUGACGAGACUGUACAAGCACAAGUCUCAUUUGGUGAUUCUUCAAAGACUCUAGUGAAAGAAAUAGGCAAUAUUCUGAUCAAGCUCCAGAAUGGAGAUCAUGAUUACAUCUCCAAUGUUUAUUAUGUUCCUGCCAUGAAGAACAACAUUUUUGAGUAUGGGACAACUCUUAGAGAAAGGAUAUGA